UUGGCUCCCCACCUCAGUCAUUGUUGCCUGCUCAUAAUCUUCCUCAUCUCUCUCCUGGCAGGAACUGGAGACAGCAUGGAGAAUAACCACACCUUCCUGUACUUUGCAUAUGGCAGCAACCUGCUGAAGGAGCGACUCCAGCUCAAAAACCCCUCUGCAACAGUACAUUGUGUGGCAAUGCUCAAAGACUAUAAAUUGGUGUUUGGGAACCAUAAAGGCCUUGCCAGUGUCAGGUGGCAUGGAGGUGUGGCCACCAUAGAGCACAGCCCUGGGGACGAGGUAUGGGGUGUGGUGUGGAGGAUGAACAUGUCUGAUCUGGAGUCUCUAGACAGUCAAGAGAAUGUGAUAUUAGGUGCGUACAGUCCUGUGGAGUUAUCAGUCAAGACAAAAGGCCAGGAGCUUAACUGUCGGACCUACAUAAUGAACAGCUGCGUGUAUGCCCCACCAUCACCACAAUACCUACAGGUGAUUGUGAUGGGAGCAGAGCAGAAUGGCUUGCCAAAGGACUACCAGGAGAAGCUGAGAUCAAUCCAGACCAACAUGUAUGAGGGUCCUCUACCCAUGAUGGCUGAACUGCAGCGAGCCAGAAGAAGAGCCAAAGAGAGGGCCAACCACCGUUCUGAUGCUUGAUAACCCAGCAGAAUCCAGGUCCACUUUUUAUUGUAGGAAAGUCCUUGUAACACAGUAUUAAAUCCAAUAUGGUAGCUAAAUAAGUUAACCUUAGCUAACUGUUUCAUGGCUAACUUAGAAUACAGCACUGAUGGGUCUGUGGUCUAAAUGGAAUUACCUGUACAGAUGAAAAUGAACAGUUGCAUUUUGACGUUGACUGAAUACAUAUCACCAAAAGGAAUAAUGAAACAGGUUAUUUUCACAAUUGUGCCUUUAUGUUUUUUAUGAUUGUGAUACAGUAUGCAAUGCUUAUUUCUUGCUCGUUACACCACUUUGUGUCAUCUACAACUAAAUAUUACUUGAAGGGCCAUAUUUGAACAUUUGUGCCCAUUAACUACAAGUAGGACACAUUAGCCCACAUCACCCAAUAUGGAAAGGUACUGCAGUUACAGUAUAAGUGCAGAAUACUUUGUUACUUGUGCUUCACAGUACCAAUCUACCUAAAAUAGAUACCCUAUGCAUAAAAUAAUACCAGGCAUAAUGUUACUACCUAAAUGAAACGAGUGAGUCACAGCAAUGAAAAUCAAUUCAAUUCAAUUUUAUUUAUAUAGCGCCAAAUCACAACAACAGUUAUCUCACAGCGCUUUUCAUAAAAGAGAAGCUGCUCUAUGAUGUUAGACCAUACUCUAUGAUGUUAACAUCAUACUCUAUGAUGUUAGACCAUACUCUAUGAUGUUAACAUCAUACUCUAUGAUGUUAAACAUCACGACGACGAGACAAGAUGAGAUAGGGAGAAUCAAUCAGAGAGUAUCAAGCCAAACGUCACAAUUUGUCGGGCAGUGUUCUGCGUGGUGCACGUCGGCCUGUCAGACUUGUGACAGCAUGCCGAGGCAGUUUAAUGACUUAAUAAAACUAAUUUUCUUAUUGAUUACUCUGGAUUUCAUAUGCUGCGUAUUUGUUAAGAAAUAUUGAAACAAUGUAAAUGAAGCACAUGCCUACAAUAUGGUAUGAUUUGUCUUUUAAGGUUGAGGUAGGCUAUACAGUCACAUCAGCAUUAAUUUACUAAGAGAUAUGAGAGAGAUAUAGACUAUUUAAUACACAUUUAAUUAUCAAAAUAAAAUACGUGAAGAGUAUAAACAACUAUGUGUUAUGCUUAACCAAUCUAUAGAAUUGCAUCAUUCAAUACUAUAGAAUUAACAAUAGGCUGAAUAGAAACUGAAAAAAUAAAUACAUAAAUAUAUUUACUGACCAAUCAUAAAAUUGGUGUUGAAUUAAAUUGAGACAUGUUUGUAGAUAGAUUAUUUAUGAGUGAUUUCAUUGUUUGGAUAGUACUACUGCAAACAAUGCCAAAUAUUUCAGCCAAAAUCUGUGUUCAUACCACCCUUUACAAUUACUCAAGCUCAUUAGCAAUUUCUCAGCAAGAACAGGAGCUCUGUGGAGCUCAUUAGGAGUGAGCUUUUUCUGUUCCUAGUUUUACUGUAGCAGUUUAAAACAGCUACUCAGUGCUGCACGAGUACUGUACUUCUGACCAGAAAACAUUUAUAAAAGGAAGUAGUCCUAACAUGCUCCAGUACUGCACACAAGGCCUUCUGGUCCACUGAUGUUCAUGGAAAAUCCUUUGGCAAAGUUUUUCCAAUCGAGUCAUAUCAAAGCAUUUGUUUUAGCCUAUUUAUAGUUCAUAAGUUAUGGACGUGUUGAUUUAAUAAGUUAAUAAAGUUCACAGUUCAAAUCCUAUUUUUUUGUGGUUCACUGUCACAUUGUUGGCCUAUGUUUAUUAUUGUUGUAGCUGUGUAUUCAGCUCUGACAAUAUGACCACUAGUCUGUUGUUGUGAUAGAGAGAGACUCUGAGUAGUCUUCUGGUUUAUUAGAAGUAAGAAGAGAAGUGACAUUUGGACAGGUGGCAGGAAUGCACCAUUUCGUUGUGUGCCAACUGCCAAUAAAAUUCCAUAAACAAGAAGACGACAUUUGGACAACUGAAGGAGCACACGUGUUAUUUAGCACGAGAGCCGACAGCCAGACGGAGUCGGGACUGACAGCUGACGGCAGAAAUCAUGGAUUUUCUGGAUUUUCCCAGAUGGAAGGCUAUAACUAUACGUUAUUCUACUUUACGUUACUUUGUUAUGUGGACAGAAAUCCUAACCUUCGUGAGACAAACAGCUGAUGAA